UGGGCUGGGCCAGGACCUGCUUAUAAAUGGUCCUGGGAGCUGCGCCCCAUCAUAGAACUGAAGCCUCUCACCCAGGCUACACGCUCCCUCCAGACUGAGUGACUCAGGCCUUUGUGUGCCCGUUCUGGUCCUGAGAACUCCCUCCCUCAGCAAGAUGCCGGAGUGCUGGGAUGGGGAACAUGACAUUGAGACGCCUUAUGGUCUUCUGCAUGUGGUAAUCCGGGGUUCCCCCAAAGGGAACCGCCCUGCCAUCCUCACCUACCAUGACGUAGGCCUCAAUCACAAGCUGUGCUUCAAUACCUUCUUCAACUUCGAUGACAUGCAGGAGAUCACCAAGCACUUUGUGGUGUGUCAUGUGGAUGCCCCUGGGCAGCAAGUGGGGGCGUCACAGUUUCCUCAGGGGUACCAGUUCCCCUCCAUGGAGCAGCUAGCCGCCAUGCUCCCCAGUGUGGUGCAGCACUUUGGGUUCAAGUACGUGAUUGGCAUUGGAGUGGGAGCUGGGGCCUACGUGCUGGCCAAGUUUGCACUCAUUUUCCCCGACCUAGUGGAGGGGCUGGUGCUGAUGAACAUCGACCCCAAUGGCAAAGGCUGGAUCGACUGGGCUGCCACCAAGCUCUCAGGCCUGACCAGCACUUUACCUGACACAGUGCUCUCCCACCUCUUCAGCCAGGAGGAGCUGGUGAACAACACAGAGCUGGUGCAGAGCUACCGGCAGCAGAUCAGCAACGUGGUGAACCAGGCCAACCUGCAGCUCUUCUGGAACAUGUACAACAGCCGUAGAGACCUGGACAUCAACCGGCCCGGGACUGUGCCCAAUGCCAAGACUCUGCGCUGCCCAGUCAUGCUGGUGGUCGGAGAUAAUGCGCCUGCUGAGGACGGGGUGGUCGAGUGCAACUCCAAACUGGACCCAACCACCACCACCUUCUUGAAGAUGGCAGAUUCUGGAGGGCUCCCUCAAGUGACACAGCCAGGGAAGCUGACUGAGGCCUUCAAAUACUUUCUGCAAGGAAUGGGCUACAUGCCCUCGGCCAGCAUGACCCGCCUCGCGCGAUCUCGCACCGCAUCCCUCACCAGCGCCGGCUCGGUGGAUGGCAGCCGCCCGCAGGCCUGCACCCUCUCGGAGAGCAGUGAGGGGCUGGGCCAGGUCAACCAUACCAUGGAGGUGUCCUGCUGAAGCCCUUAGUCCUGCCCAAAAUGCCCAUCCACCUGCCCUAAGGUUCCACUACCAUCUCUGCACCGGCUCAUCUUUCCUUUAGUUUAUUUCUGUGAGGGUGAAGGGAAGGAAAUGGGUUAGUUCUCUUUUGCUCAAAAAUGAGGGGAUCCACCCUAGAGGCUUCAGCAGAGCAGUCUUAGGUAGUGUGAGGGACUUGCCCUAUACACCCUCACCAGCGUGUUCACUGGCUGACAUGGCCCCUUUUAUACCACCCCACACACACAUGGCUCUGGCACAGUUGGGGUGGGGAUUGGCUGAGGAAAGAGUUGGAGUCCUCCUCAGGUUAGGAUCCCAAAUCAGUCUUUCGUUCAAGAAAAAGCAUGGGUCCACCCUUCGGGCAGACGGGUUUGAAGACGACGUGGGGUUUUGAGAUGGUGGAUGCUGAGCUCAGACCUUAAUGUGGGUGGGUUGCCCUGGGCCUCAGAAGGCCUCUUCCCUCAGCCCUCCACCAAGCACAUCUGUUGUGUUCAGGUAAUAGUCAUCUGGACGGUAGCCACAGGGUGGCCAGCUGACCAGACAACCAUUUUCCUGGUGCUCUCUGAGCAGGGGUUGUGCAGUAGGGCAGGCAAGCAGAGGCUGCAGAAAGAAUGUGGAGAACCCUGAGGGCAGGAACCCCAAAAAUCCCUUAUAAGCCACACCUCUUGGCCUUCCCUGAGGCAGAAGUCACCUGGUCCCCUCUGAUGGCAGAAGGAACCAACUGGGAUUGCUGAUACGCUGUGUGUAGUCCCUGAGAACUUAGUGAUGGGUCCUUUGGGAGCCAGCAGGUAGCUGAGGGAUCUGCAGUCCCUUCUGCUGCCUCCGGUUCCCCCAUGGGUGCUUUUGGACAGAACCCUAUUUGAGCUGUGCCAUUGGAUCCCACAAGUACCACUGGGGAAGCAAGUUUGUUGGCGAGAACUGGCCAAGGGAGGGAGAUGUCACCACCUCUACUUGCUGUAGGGUACUGAGGUUUGCUGCAUCCCAGGGUGGGAGGUGAACAAAGAGUGGCUUCCCCCACACUCCAGCCCCUUCUGCUGCCUCCUGUCGCCCGGGACUGUGCCAUCCACUUCCCACCCACCCACCUUACCAGAUCUGUCUCCCAGCCCAGAAACCAGAGCUGUUGUCUCAGAUUAAAUCCACUGUCACCUCCAAACAGGUUGGGGAGAGCACACUGCAAACAUGAAGGGCUGAGGAAGGGGAGGGUGGUGGGAGGGUGUUCUGAGCUAAGAGGACACCUAUAUCCAUGUUCCCUUGGCACAUGCUGCCCCCUUCUAUAAACCGUAAGCCAUUUCUAGACUGCUCUAGCACUCGGUGAAGUGUAACCUGUCCCCAGUUCUGCUCACUCACGUGCUUCCUUUGAAUAUUGAAUGUGACUGUUUAAAGCUGAUAGAAUUAAUCCCUUACUGUAGACAGCACUGCGCGUAUUGGAUUCUUUCUUGUGUUCUUCAGAUAUCUAUAAAAUCUAUACAUGAGAUAUAUAUAUGUGUGUGUGUAUAUUGGGUCCUCCUAUGUGUGGUUUUCCAUUGGAGGUUGUCUCUGGUCAAGGUGAACUUUUAAUGGAGUUUAUUACUUUCCUCUGUACAAAGUGAAGAGUUUAAUUUUAUGUAUUCUGAUGGCUGAUGUCAAUUUUUGAGAUGACAAAAUGUAAAACCCUUGUCGAUGUAGAGAGUUAACUGUACUGAAAAACUAAUAAAGAAACUAAGAAGAG